AUGCCUUUCCGCGAGCGUAUGAAGAAGGCCUUCAAGCGGUCGCCCUCGAACAGCGAAACGUCCUCUCUGAGCAAGACAGACUCAGGCAAUCCCAACGUUUACCAACCGGGCGAAAAGAUACCACAACCCAAGUAUCGGCGUCCAGUCCAGAAGGAACACAAAGAGAAGCUGGAGAAUUUCUCUUUCUCUAAUGCAUGGAGGAAGUCAAGCCAACAAAGCGGCGAUUACAGUCCGAUGGGUAGCAGGGCGCCAAGCAGGAGGGGUAGUUUAGCAAGCAUAUUCGGUGUAGGCGGUCGGAAGAGCUUCCAGUCCAGGAGGGGAGAAAGUACAGUCGAGGAAGGCGAAGGCGAUGAUACGGAUGUAAAGAAUGUGGGUCUGUCCAACCCCAAUAACCAUGAAGGAGCCAACGCAGGCGCAUCAGGUGCUCCCAUGUCCUUGAAUCAGAUCACCAACCAACCAUCCGGCUCAAGGCCUCAGAGUUCUAAUGCAAAUGGCGGUCGCACUUCUCCAUACCAGCAGCCUUUCACCCAGGAGGACCUGACGCUAGCGCUGAAGAGGUCACGUCUCGAUGCGCCGACGUAG